AUGGCAAAUCCAGCGCUUUCCUUGGUUCAUGGUCCAACUACGACACCUCUGUGGACGGGCACUUUGGGCUCUCUGAUCAAGGAGCAGAAUUCAAAACAUGGAAAUAAAACUGCAAUUAUUGUACCAUGGCAGGGACGCAGAUUGACAUACUACGAGCUCGAUGCUCGAAGCGAGGCUGUGGCCAGCUCUCUGCUGUCGCUGGGGAUCAGGCCUGGAAAUGCGAUUGCCAUCAUGGCGGGAAACCGUUUCGAGUAUAUCGAAGCAUUCUUGGCUGCGGGCAGGAUAGGAUGUCCGGUCAUUGUGCUCAACAAUACCUAUACUCCCAGCGAGUUAAUCAGCGCGCUGACACGAACAUCAACAAGACUACUAUUCAUUGCGGCCAAAAUUGGCACCAGGGACAUGUCCGAGCAUGCUGACUCUGUAAUAAGGCAGGCGGCAAGUGACAGCUCAGCAGCCACGCGACACGUGGUGCUCUGGGGAGAGAAUAGCACAUACUCUAGUGUGAUGGCUCAGUCGUACCAACAAUUUUUGAAUCGUCGCUCAGAAGCAUCUGCUUUUCACUUGCAGCGCGCCGAAGCGAAUGUCAAGCCCGACGAUUUGCUGAACGUCCAAUUUACAUCAGGCACAACUGGCAAUCCGAAAGGAGCAAUGCUGAGCCACAUAAACAUCAUCAACAAUGCCCAGUUCGUGGGAUCGCGGAUGAGACUUACCAGCCUCGACAUUGUCUGCUGCCCACCGCCUCUUUUUCACUGCUUCGGAUUGGUCAUGGGGUUUCUCAAUAGCUUCUUCCACGGAGGCAGUAUCGUGUUCCCCUCGGAUUCGUAUGAUGCCAAUGCCGUUCUCGAUGCGAUCGCCAAUGAAGGUUGCACCGGUCUGCUCGGCGUGCCAACCAUGUUCUUGGCGCAGCUUGAUGUCUUGAAAUCCAAGCCGUCAACCAUGGAGAAUAAAACUUUGCGAGUUGGGCUAGCCGCCGGCUCCAUGGUGUCGCCGCAGUUGCUCAAGAGGCUGGACGCGGAAAUGGGCCUGCAGAGGGUCCUGGUUGCAUACGGCAUGACCGAGACGAGCCCCGUGAGCUUCAUGAUUGACCACGACGACCCGCCUCGACGCCGGCAGAGGGGCCUGGGCAAGGUCAUGCCACACACGAGCGCAAAGGUCGUUGACGCCCAAGGACGCAUAGUGCCCAUUGGUAGUCGAGGCGAGAUGUGCGUGAGCGGAUACGCGCUCAUGAAGGGAUACCUCGACAAUCCCAAGGCUACUGGCGAAGUCAUGGUACAUGAUGACCAAGGAGUGACUUGGAUGCGUACUGGUGACGAGUGCGCUAUUGAUGAAGAAGGGUACUGUGAGAUUACGGGGCGGAUCAAGGAUCUCAUCAUCAGAGGUGGCGAAAACAUAUUUCCGGGUGAAAUCGAGGAGAGAUUACUGGAACAUCCAGGAAUCAUCGAGUCGAGUGUGGUGGGAAUUUCAGACGAAAAGUAUGGCGAGGUUGUAGCCUGUUUUCUGCGAGCGACCAGCUCCGGCGUCAGGGUGGCUCAUCACGAGGUUCAAGAAUGGGUGAGGAUGAAACUAGGCAGGCACAAGGCUCCCAACUGGGUCUUUUGGAUUGGUGAUCCAGCAGUCGGUGAUGACUUUCCCAAGACGGGCAGUGGAAAGCAUCAAAAGCACAUUUUGAGAGCAAUCGGAGAAAGACUGAGACAAAUGAAUGAAAAGCCACGGCCCAGACUCUAG